UUCGGCUUCGGCAGCCGCGCUGCCUCCUCCUCCACUCCCGCAACCGAAUCUGCUCCCCGUUUGGCAUCGACUGCCCACUCAGUGGAUGAUGAGAACUCACUCCACGGAGCUCUCCGAUAUCGACGGACCUGCUGCGGCGGGCGCCGACACGGCGGCACUAGGAGCGCUCGGGCCGCUCGACUUGCCUCGUCCCACACGCGAGGACUCCGGCCUCCACGUGGACACAUGCCACGUGCCGGUCGACGUCGGCGAGGACCCCGACGCCGCGCUUGACGAGUCGAGCGGCCACACGCUGGCGCCGAGCGAGGAGAAGGGCCGCGCCUCGAUCCGGCGGGCGCCGUCGAUCGUCGAGGUGUCGGUCGGCGAGCUGCGUGUGUCGAGGUUGUCGGUCGGCGAGCUGCGCAACACCGCCGAGCGGAUCGGCCCGAGCCGCUCCGCAAAGGCGCUCAUGCGGGCGUGGCACAUUGUCACGUUCGUCUUUUGGGUGCUGCUGUUCUAUGCGGUCUGGGUGGCCGCGACGUGGCGAAACAGGCCGCUGGUCGAGGACGGGUACUCGUACGACGUGGCUCACGGCAUCACGCUGAGCCUGUACGGCUGCGACGUCCUCCUGCGGCCGGACGACGAGCCCUCCCUCCACCUCUUCCUCGUCCGAGGUCGCAGCGUCCGCGAGUUCACGACGCUCGACGGCAGCAGCAGCAGCUCGGUGCUGCGUCAGAUGAAGGUCCACAGCCUGCAGGGCUGCGCGCAGCUGCCCGGCGCCAACUGCUCCCGCCGCUGCCGCGUCACCGUCGGCAUCCCUCCCUCCGCCUCCUCCGCCUCCUCCGCCUCGGUCACCGUCUUCCAGCACGCCUUCGACACCGGCUCCUACCCGCGCGUCGUCGUCGCCAGCGGCGUGCAGCUCGGGUCGCUCACCGCCAACGGCCCGUCCCUCUCCGUCGUGCUGCAGCCGAACUGCACCGUCGGCUCGCUCUCCUCGAAGCUCAUCGCCGGAGCGGUCGAGUCAACGCCGCCCUCAGAGGCGGAGGUCGGUGCGUCGCUCGGCAGCGUCUCGGUCAAGGCGCUCGGCGCCGGCUCCGUCUACCUGCUGCAGCUCCCCUCGACCAACACGUCCUCGCAGCUCACCUACCGCCAGCCCGCUGGCCGGGUCUGCUACUCGACCGACUUGCCUCCAGACAGGGCGUCUCUCUCGCGCGGUGCGGACCCGUGGGCCGAGUGCGACGCCGACGAGGCCGUGCGCGGCAGCGGCGACUCGUACGCCUACCGCGUCGCCCUCUCCUCCACCGACACCAACGGCGACUACUACGUCUCGGCGGCCGAGGCGGCCGCCGCGAUGGCCGAGCUGCGCUGCUGCGGCGGCAACUGUCCCCAGCGGAGCAACUGCGCCGCCGAGACGUUCCUCCUCUUCCCGCCGCUCGAGGACGAGCGGCUCGGCGAGAUCGACCGCUUCAACCUGCCGCAGGCCGAGUACUUUGAGAAUGUGGUGCGGCUCAACUACACCUGGCUGAUGGGCAAGCCGGGCGCGGGCUGCUACGAGCGGCUGUACGCGGACUUGCUGCCCUCGCCGCCCUCGCCGCCGGACGAGGUCGGCAGCCUCUUCUCGGACGGCGGCGAGGUGAUGGUGACGCUGGCGCAGGCAGAGCCGGGCGAGCCGGGCGCGGCGGCGUACCACUCCUUCGAGCGGCUGCUGCAGCUCAUGGGCGGCGAGGUCGCGGCGAGCAACGAGACGGCGCCGCAGCUCCUCGACCAGGCCGCGCGGCCCGACAACUGGAGGCUCGCGCAGCUCGACGCGCAGCGGCUGAUCGCCGACGUCCGGCCGGACUACGGGCUGCGCACGUCGGCCCGGCCGGGGUUCGUCACCGUCGACGUGGUCGGCGGGCCGGGGCUCGUAGAAGCGGAAACAGUGUGUUCCUGUCUCCCCACGCGUUCCUGUCUCCCAACCAGCACUCGAGCGACACGCACUCCGCGGCAUUCCGCCGCAUUCCGCUGUAUUCACCGUGUCUUUCUUCCCGCGGUGCUCUGAAGACGCUGCACAAGACCGUCUCCGCGUACUCACACAACGCAGCGCCCCCGAGGGAGAUAUGGGGAGAUAUGGGGAGAUGUGGGGAGAUACGACACGCGCAUCGGCCGCAAGUACCUGCCCGCGCGAGGUCUGUAUGGGGAGAUGUGGGGAGAUGUGGGGAGAGAUGACCUGAGGUUGGCGACGCUCACACGACGUAGGCCGGGAGUGCCGCGGCUCAAGUUCGUGUACGUGACCGAGCCGGCCUUCGUCGCGCUGCUCCCGUCCGACCUGCUGCUCCUCUCCGCCGGGCUGCUGUCGGCGGACGUGCUGCAGGAGCGCGUGCGCCUCCUCAACACGGGCUGCCUGCUGUGGGACCGGUCGCAGCCGCUUCCGUCGGUGGACGAGGUCGCGGACGCCAUCGCCGAGGCGCAGGCGAACGCGAGCGAGCUGGGCGCGCGCGACGAGUUCACGCUGCGGCUGGUGAUCGACGCGCACGAGCAGGUGCGCAAGUCGCUCGCGGGAUGGCAGGAGCUGCGCGGCGAGCUGCUGCUGCUUGGCGACGCGGUGGACGGAGGCACUUGCUUGAGGGGCUGGGCGAGAAGCUCCCCAAGCCGCCGCGGAGCCUCGGCUGCAUCUUCUACUCGAUGUUCGUGCUCAUCGACGACCUCACCCUCAUCCCGCUCCGCCAGUACUUCCUCUCCGGCUCGCGCGGCUUCCGCGCCUUCGUGUCCGCAAACGUGCGCCGGACCGACCCGCGCGCGCCGCUCGCCACCUUCGAGGACUUUUACACGCUGUACGUGCUCUUCUGCACGCAGAACGAGAUCAACCCCCUCUCGACGGACAAGCUGCUGCGCGAGAUCCGCUUCGACCGCGGGCUCGGCUCCAGGCGCGGGGGGCUGACGAUGCAGACGCACACGGCGCGCCGGAUCCGCGGUCUCGCGUGGAAGAGGGCGGGCCCGCUCGCCGCGAGCACACCGCGAAGCCCGUUCUCGCCGCUCUCUCCGGCGGCGCGGGAAUGGUCGCGCGGCGGAGGGGCGCCACCCGCCUUGGAGCGGGUGCUCACGCGGGGCUGGCUGGCCGAGGCGGCGCUGCCCGAGGAGCUGCCGCGCGAGCACGCCGAGGCGCUCGCCGACUUCAUCUUCGACCAGUGCGAGCUCGGCAGCGGCCGCGAGUUCAUCGACUUGGACGACCGCGAGGCGGUGGGGGAGGAGGCGGGUCAGAAGGCCGUCAGCGUCGGCUUCGCCUCCCGCUUCGAGGCGUGGUGUAAGAGAGAAGGCCGCCCCGCCGUCUCGCUCGACGGGCAGCUCUGGGCGAGCGCGCUGCCCACGGCGGCCGAGUUCUUCCCCGCCGUGCGCGUGCGCGUCGUGUACGGCGGCGCGUGGGUGGCCGCGGGGGGCGCGCGCGGCGGCGGCGGCGGCGGCGGCGACUGCGGCGUGGCGGGCUCGUCGUGGUGCGGGGGGCGCUGCUUCGGCCCCGAAGGAGUGCACGGCCUGCCCUCGCCGUCGUGGUACGCCAUCGCGGCCGCCGCGCCCUUCUUCCACCUGUGCAUCUUCGUACCGCUGCCGCUGCUGCUCCUCGUCUUCGUGAUGCGCGUGCAGGACUUGUGGGCCGUCACCGUGGCGCCGCCCACCGUACACGGCGCGGAGCCCGAGAUCUCGCUCGACCUCUUUCGGCCAAACUUCUUCACUCUGCUGCAGCAGCGGGCGAGCGGAGACCUGUACCUGCUGCCACUCGUGGAGGGCGUGCUCUACGAGUGGCUCGCGGUCUGCAUCGCCACGCUGGUGCGUCUGCUGCUGUACUAUGCGGACGUCGACGAGAAGGCGUGCCCGCCGAUGGCGCGCUACCUCAUCCGCGGCGUGAGGUACGCGUACUCCGCCCUCUUCACGCUGCACAUCUGGCUCUACUGCUCGCUCGCCAUGAUGGUCUGCUGCUGGGUCGUCCUCGCCGCGGCGCUCGACCCGACCCGCUUCCUCGCCUUCGGCACCGCCAUCCUCACCACCGUCUCGGCCGUCGCGUGGUGGACGAGCGCGAUGAUGCGCGCCGCGCGCCGCUUCCGCGCGUGGGUGCGCACGGCGCUCGACCGGAUGCUGCACACGCGCGUCCGGCUCGCCGCGCUCGCGAUCCAGCGCGCGGCUCUCGUCGAGGACUAUCAGCGGGACACGCUGUCCGACCCGGCGGCGGCCGCUGUCGCGAAGGCGGAGCUCGAGUCGCUCACGGCGGAGGAGAAGCGGCUGCGCGCGGUGCAGGGGCGCGGGCUGUGGCAGGGCGGGCGGGCGGGCGAGGGCGAGGCGGAGCCGGUCGACGCCUCGACGAUCUUCGACACGCUCGACCGCGACCGCGACGACCUCAUCUCGAUGGCCGAGUUCGAGUACUUUUUCGAGACGCUCGAGCUGCCGCUGCAGAAGGGCGCGCUCGUGGCGCUGCACGCGCAGCUCGACGUCGACGGCGAGGGCACCGUCUCGCUCGGCGAGUUCGAGGCGGGGUGGGAGGAGGUGCUCGACGCCGUGAUGGAGCAGGCGCUCGUCGCCGCCGGCUUCUCCGCGCGGCAGAUCCUGCUGUACGGCCUCGCGCUGCUCGCCAUGGUCUCGCUCGGCGCCGCCUUCAUCCUCGUCGCGCUGUCGGGCUGGCGGCGCGAGAGCCUCUCGGCGAUGGUGGUCGAGUCGGGCCUCAUCGCCGCGGUGGGGGGCAUCACCGCGCGGUACCGGGAGAAGUCCGACGCCGAGAAGACCGCCGAGGAGCUGAGCCGGAUCGUCAACGACGCGGUGGCGGGCGCCGAGGCCGCGUCCAAGCCGAAGCAGGACUGAGGCCUUUGUUCUCCCUGGACGUACAGACGUCAGUAUUCGCGGAGUCGCAUAUAUUACUCACCGGAGUCCAUCUCUCAAUCACUCGCCAGACGUGUCAGCUACGGGAUGUACGAGUUCGUAUUACGUGUUUUACGUCAGCGCCGGCCCUCCUCAACUC